AUGGAUGAAAAAAAUGUGACUAUGAUUACUGUGAUCCACCUCAUAGGGUUUCAGACGUCACAAAGUAUAACAUUUCUGGUCUUUUUUCUCUUUCUUAUGAUUUAUUGUGUGACAAUUUGUGGAAACCUCCUGAUAAUCACACUGGUGUUCUACAGCAAAGCCCUCCAUUCUCCCAUGUACUUCUUCCUCUCCCAGCUGUCCAUAUCAGAUAUCAUACUUACAAUGGAUAUUCUUCCUAACAUGCUCAAUUCUCUUAUAGCAAAUACUACCAUCAUUUCACUUCCUGAUUGUAUCACCCAGCUUUAUUUCUUUGCCUCUGCAGAAACAUUGCAGAGUCCUCUUCUGACAGUGAUGUCCUUUGACAGAUAUCUAGCCAUCUGUAAACCAUUGCAUUAUAAGUUGUUAAUGAGUCAUCGGUUUUGUUGGAUAAUAAUUAUCACAUGUUGGACUUUAAGUUUUUUAUCAGUAUUUAUAUAUACUACAACCAUAUCCAAAUUACGGUUUUGUGGUCCCAAUGUUGUUGAUCACUUUUUCUGUGAUCUUGACCCCAUCCUAGGACUCCCCUGCUCUGAUACCACCCUCGUUCGAGUAGAAACAACAUCAAUGAGUGUAAUGUUUGCUAUUGUGCCAUUUUUUGUAAUCACGUUGUCUUAUGUUUAUAUUAUAAUCACCAUUUUGGAAAUCCAAUCUAUUACUGGGAGGCAAAAAGCUUUUUCAACGUGCAGCUCCCAUCUUACUGUUGUUGCCAUUUUUUAUGGCACCAAUGUUGGUGUGUACUUGGUACCUAGUAGAGGUCAGUCAUGGAACAUUUCUAAAUUCCUGUCAUUGCUGUACACUGUAGUCACCCCACUGCUGAAUCCAAUUAUAUACAGCCUGCGGAAUGAAGAUAUAAAGCAAGUUGUAGGAAAAAUCAUCAACUCAAUCAAUUUGAGCUUUCAUUUCAAUUUUAUAGUGCUAAAUAUUGGAAAUAAUUUUAGACAGUGA